CUCCGGACAACUUCACACAGACACACGGGAACAUUACACCACAGUACAUAUAUAUGUAUAUAUAUGUAGAAUUUUUUUUAAAAAGACAUUCCGCUCUUUUAAAAGCAUUCAGUGAGUGAUUUCCUCCAGGUUUAAGGACUCUUUUCUGCCGAUGGAAUUUGUGGGAAUUAAACAGUUUGAGGAAUGGCAGCAGACUGAUGAUUAAAAGGACAAUCCCGCUGACAGCAGUGAUGGAAAACGAGACGUGGCUGCAUUCCGCAUAUGUACCCCAUUACCUCCUCCACGGUGACCCUUUCGCCUCAAAACUCUCCAAAGAGGCUGAUUUUGUUGCGGCCUUUUACGUCUUUAUAAUAGGAAUCAUGUCUGCAACAGGGAACGGCUAUGUCAUUUAUAUGAGCAUCAAACGCAAGACCAAGCUAAAGCCCCCUGAACUCAUGACUGUUAAUUUAGCCGUCUUCGACUUUGGUAUAUCAGUGACAGGAAAGCCCUUUUUCGUUGUGUCUAGUUUCUCCCACCGUUGGCUGUUUGGCUGGGAGGGCUGCUCAUUCUAUGGCUGGGCUGGCUUCUUCUUUGGUUGUGGGAGCCUCAUCACAAUGACCAUGGUCAGCCUGGACCGGUACCUCAAGAUCUGCCAUCUUAGCUACGGCACAUGGCUGAAACGGCAUCACACCUUCCUGUGCUUGGCCUUCGUGUGGGCAUAUGCAGCCUUUUGGGCCACCAUGCCCCUGCUCGGCUGGGGCAGCUACGCUCCCGAGCCUUUCGGGACUUCAUGCACGCUGGACUGGUGGCUGGCACAGGCCUCUGUGUCCGGUCAGAGUUUUGUCAUGUCCAUCUUGUUUUUUUGUCUCAUCCUUCCCACCGGCAUUAUUGUCUUCUCCUAUACCAAGAUCAUUUUUAAGGUCAAGUCUUCUGCAAAAGAGAUCUCGCACUUUGAUGCUCGCGUCAACAACAACCAGAACCUGGAGAUGAAGCUCACAAAGGUGGCGAUGCUGAUCUGUGCAGGCUUCUUAAUAGCCUGGAUUCCUUAUGCAGUGGUGUCAGUGGUGUCAGCGUUUGGUGAACCAGACUCUGUGCCGAUCCCUGUCUCUGUCAUUCCCACCUUGUUGGCCAAAUCGUCUGCGAUGUACAACCCCAUCAUCUACCAGGUUAUAGAUCUGAAAAAGUCCUGCGCAAAAUCAUCCUGUUUUAAGGCCAUGACGAAACGAAGACAUUUUAGAAAGUCAAGAUUCUACACCAUCUCUGGCUCCUUAAAAGACACACCACCAGCCAAAGAAGCUCACAUUGAGAUGUGAGACAGACACUUUAAUGCUGUGUGACCCUCUUACCUCCUCUCUUUGGACAGUUUGCCUUGUUUCCUGCCCUCUGUGCCCUACCUGAUCACAUGCUGCCUGUCAUCUGCUAUGACAUCAGUAAUGCUCUCUUUUCUCAUCGGUGGCUCAUCUUCUCUACACCCACACCAGAACUCCCCGUUCUUCCUGCUGCUCCUCACCUUCUCCUCCUCGGGAACACACGUCCUCUCUGAUCGGUGGAGUUACGGUGUCUUUACUGAAGAACAACAUACAACUAAUGUGUUUUGUGAGCUUCUAGACUCUAUUUCUCAGUUUUACAGGUAAAUCACUCUGCAACAAAGUUAGAUAACAAUAGGUGUUAAAAAUUUACUGCAGUGGCUCAGGCUUGUAAACUUCACAACAAGAAAUUACUUUAAAAUGUUUACAUUUAUGUUAAAUUAAUAUUUAAACCAAAACUGCAAAUUAAAAACCAGAACUUCACACAAACCAUAUCAAAUAAGCUUUGGGUGGGAACACCAAACUCAAGAGUUAUAUUCUCACUGUUUGUACAGUCUGUUGUCUUGUGUAUUCCUACACCUGUGGCUUUAUACAGUAUGUAUUUUCCUAGGCACUGAAUCAUAUCAGAUAUAUGCUUUUGUUAGCUGUGAAACUUCAAUCCUUGAUCCUGAGACUUUGCCAUUUUUUAUACUGUAUUUAACAGGUUGUCGUCAAUUUGCUGCAAAGCUAUUUUCUCUUAAAUGUGUUUUUGCAAAACUGUUUUGCUGAAUUUAUCUGUCCAAGGCUUUUAAAGAAAACAUACAAGAAGAGCACACUAUACAUGCAAAUGCAUUCAGUAUGCACUCACAACAGAUUUUGUGUAACACAUGCAGUGUAGAAAAGGCGGAGAAGUAGAAGGACGUGCAUGUUUCUGUAAUGGCAUAACUGACAGACUAGGGGUUCAGGAACAGUUACCUUAUAUUCAACAUCUGUCUGAAACUCAUUAUUUUACUCUUUUUGCUUUAGACACACCAACCCAGCACACCGACAGAACAUAUUUUCACUCAUCUACAACAGCUUUAAUCAGCAACCUUUCACAUAUCUGCAGAUAAGCAGUACAUGAAGUGAUACAUAACACUCAAGAUAAAGCUGGCAUGGCAUAAAUAAGUGGAAAGUAACUGUCCAGAAUUCUUAGAUGUAGCUAUUAGCACCUUGAAAGCUCACUAAUUACUGUAUUGUAAAUCGUUCUGAAUCAGUACACAAACAUAAAAGUAAAAAAAUGCAUGUAUACACCUGCAUACCUACCACAUGUAAUGAUAUCAACAUUAAUUUUGGGCCUCUUAACUGUAUUUUCUUAGUGUGUUAAGCAGCCAACAUGCAACAUUUUAAUUGUAUGUUGGAAGCUGCUACUUUGAACUUUGGAUUGCUCCAUUUUCCAUUAAGUCAUUAUUUGCUAAGCAAACUCAUUCCAGGCAUUAAGAUGAUUCACAGACACACACUGACUUUGUCUGAAAAAUUCACACAAAAAUGUAAAUUUUAUGGGUUUGUAUACAUGCUCACACUGCCCUGCAGUGGAUUGUUUGUGCUGGGAAAACAACUUUGGAAUGGAGCUUGAUUUCAGCGGAUUUUGACAGAUAAAUUUAAUAUAAAUUCUAAACCAAACCUUCUCCUUCUUAAGGUGUGGGGUGAGCAUCCCCUUGACUUGUUCCAAA